GAUCUCAUAAAUCUAUGGGAACAAGUCUAUCACCAAAUUCUACCUCUUCUUCAAAGUGUACUCUAUCCUAUACAGCGGCGACGCCCUGAAUUUGAUAUUCGUCGCACAAUUCUUACAAUAUUUCGUGAUAGAGUUCUCAGCAAGGUUUUGCGCGAUGUCCAUGAGCGCAUUCCAGUACUGGAACCGAUGUUGUUUACUAUACUUCUUGAGACGGAAAACACUUCCGAAGAAUCAAAGAAUUUCGCUAUUUUAGCUGAUCGGGUGAUGGGCAAAGGGGACAAGCCCGCGCAGCCGGAAACCCGAAUUCGUUCCCGGACCCUACCAAACAAGCCAGUUAAACGAGUGUCAUGGGACGAUUUGAGAAAAUCUGCAACGUUCAGCACAUAA